CGUAGAGCACUUGCCUCCAUGUUUGUGCAGGCCUGUAACUAGCCGCCGUGCUAAUGCAACUUACGGACCCUUACUACGAGUUUCACAAUUAAAAACCUUCCGACUGCCGCUUUUACCUCCUCGCACGCCGCCUGAGUUGGGGUCGGUUGAUUCUCAGCCACGAUGUCCUUCCCCCCUCAUUUAAACCGGCCGCUGUUGCCCCCUCCUGGGAUUCCACCUCAGUAUGCUGGUUUCCCCACAGGAGGUCCAAUGAUCCCAGUUCACAUGGGCAUCAUGACCCCCACCUCUGCAGUGAUGGUGACUUCUAUGCCAGUGGUCAGUAAGCCUCCAGUUCCGAGGAAGGAUAUUGCUGCUAUGCGAGCCAAAGAAAAUGAUGAGAACAGUGGUCCCACCACCACUGUGUUCGUGGGGAACAUUUCAGAGAAAGCUUCCGACAUGCUGAUCAGACAGCUGCUUGCGAAAUGUGGAAUUGUUCUGAGCUGGAAGAGGGUUCAAGGAGCCUCUGGCAAGCUUCAAGCAUUUGGGUUUUGCGAGUACAAAGAGCCAGAGUCUACGUUGCGUUCCCUGAGGCUACUGCAUGACCUGCCGAUUGGAGAAAGAAAUCUCUUGGUGAAAGUGGAUGCCAAGACCAAAGCUCAGCUAGACGAGUGGAAGGCCAAGAAGAAAACUUCAAAUGGGAUUCAAAAGACUGAAGAUGGAGGAGAUGAUGAAGAAGAGGUUCUAGACGAGGAGACCAAGAAGAAGGAUCAAAUAGUUAAAGGUGCCAUUGAUGGCUUGAUGCGGGAAUACGCUGCCGAACUCAACGCACCUUCACAGGACGAGGACUCCCAGCGACGAAAGAGAAAAAAAGAGAAAAAAGAAGAGGAUGACAUUAACACAAUCGAUAUGGAGGACGACAAGAGAGACCUGAUUUCCAGAGAGAUUAGUAAAUUCCGUGACACUCACAAGAAACUGGAAGAGGAGAAGGACAAGAGGGAGAAGGAGCGGCUGGAGUUCGAGCGGGAUAGGAAGGACCGGGAAAAAGAGCGAGAGCGGGAAAGAGAGCGGCGCGACCGCGAGAGGGAGAAGGAACGGGAGAGAGAGCGGGAUAAGGAAAGAGAGCGAGAACGGGACACUAACCGAGACAAAGACCGCGACCGCAGGCCCAGAGAGAGAGAGCGGGAGAGGGACUGGGAGAGGGACAGAAGCCGUGAGAGGAGCGCCGACCACAUCAGAUCCAGACCAAGCUUGACUGACCGUGCCCCGAUGAUUCCGGAGGUGAGUCGAGACCGAGACAGAGACAGAGACAAGAAGCGAGACCAAGAUGAUGACGAGGAGUCGUAUGAACGCAGGAAGCUGGAGAGGAAACUCCGAGACAAAGAAACGGCCUAUCAGGAGCGUCUAAAAAACUGGGAGCUCAGGGAGAGGAAGAAGACUCGGGAUUAUGCCAAAGAGACCGAAAGGGAAGAUGAGCGUCGACGAGAGAUGAUGAAAGAGGGGAAAAGGUUGAAAGAGUUUCUUGAAGACUAUGAUGACGACCGAGAUGAUCCAAAGUACUACAGGGGCAGUGCACUGCAGAAGCGUCUCAGAGACCGAGAGAAGGAGAUGGAGGCGGACGAGCGUGACAGGAAGAGGGAGAAGGAGGAGCAUGAGGAAAUCAGACAGAGGCUGUUGAGCGAGGGACAUCCAGACCCAGACGCCGAGCUACGCAGGAUGGAAGAGGAAGAGGAGGAGCGUCUGAGACAACCUCCCAUCAUCCCAGAGCCGGAGCCCGAAGUGGAACGGGAGCGCCACAGGAGUUCUAGAGACCACCGGGACCGCCGCGGGGAACAGGAAAGGCCAGAAGUCCGCCCCCGGCCCACCCAAUCAGAUGACGAGGUAGAGGAGGGUGAGGCGCAAGACUAUGACAACGAGGAAGAUAACCCAGACACUAAACCGUGCCUGAAGCCCAAGAUGCGGCCCAUCACAGCGGCGCCGUCCGUGUCGUCGGCGAGUGGCCACGCGUCCCCAAACACGCCCGGGGACGAGUCGCCCUGCGGCAUCAUCAUCCCCCACGAGAACUCGCCCCCCGAGGCGCUGCCACAGGAGGAGAACCGGCCCAAGAUCGGCCUCAGCCUCAAACUAGGUGCCACAGGAAGCCCCAGUCAACCCAACGCAGGUAAAAGGAAGAAGCUCCCCGUGGACAGUGUCUUCGACAAGUUUGACGAGGAGGAGGCCGACGAGCAGCCGCGCAAGAGGAAGCUGGUGCCGCUGGAUUACGAUGACGACAAGAGCCUCGGGGUGGACGGGGCCGGACUCUCCAGCAUCAAGGGAGACGACAACGAGGAGAAACGCAAAAACAUCAAGACCCUGAUCGAGAAGAUUCCCACAGCAAAGCCUGAGCUGUUCUCCUACCCACUGGACUGGACUAUGGUUGAUACGACGUUAAUGGAUCGACGUGUUCGGCCCUGGAUCAAUAAAAAGAUCAUCGAGUACAUCGGAGAGGAGGAGGCCACACUAGUGGACUUUGUCUGCUCGAAGGUGAUGCUGCACAGCAUGCCACAGAGUAUCUUGGAUGAUGUUGCCAUGGUUCUCGAUGAAGAAGCUGAAGUCUUCAUCGUGAAGAUGUGGCGGCUACUUAUUUAUGAAACAGAAGCCAAGAAGAUUGGACUGGCGAAAUAAGCCAAACAGCCACUGAAUGAAGAUCAAUUUUUUUUCUUUUUUUCAUACGGUGUACGAUAGUGUAGCGUGAUUACGUCGUCGUCCCCCCCCCCCCCAAAAAACACAGCGACUUGUCCACAUCAGCACAGACUGUAACUCCAGAUUCUGCUCAUUGCCACAUUUGCUCUGGUUGUUUGUCUCAACACACUCAGGCUAAGUUCACCUCCUCUCUCCGUGUGCAGCUGCCGACAGUAUCGGUGUAAUUCUGUGUAUAUACAGUUUGUCAUAAUGUGACUUGAAUUGUGAGGAGGCUGCUGACACCUGGACCCCUGUGGUGCUGCCAAGUAACAUCUCUUGGUCCUUUUACUUUCUGUACACGCUGGUGCACAUUUCGUGUUGACUGGUCUAACGAACGUCAGUAUUUGAGGUGGGAAAUCUGACUUGCAGUUGAAUGUAGGUUGGUCAAGCAAAAUUAAGAGAUGCACAACUACAAGGAUGUCUUUUCUUUUUCAUUUUACAGGGUUAUUUAUUCAACGUUUUUCGUCUCAAACUGACUCGUUGAGUUAGUUUCCUCAUCACAUUCCUGAUUAACGCGUCGGCAUGUUCUUGUGUCAUCACAGCAUCUCGGAAACGCAGCUGUCGUUUGAAAUGUCUUUUUUGACUGGACCCACAGAUCAUAUUGGGUGGUGACGUCCCUGCAGCUGUAAAAGCACACACACACACAUCAUGACCACUAUAGGAAAAUGAGCUAAGAAUGUGGGGGAAAGGAUUUGACGAUGCUCUCCAUUUGUUUUUUGUAUUGGUGAACAUUUGAAUAAAACUGAUUUUUUUAUA